UAUUUGUUUCAUUUAAUUAAUAAUUUAAAUAAUUCUUCACAGUAAUGGUAGUUUCGUGCAUGAUUUUAAAUAAACAAAUAUUUUUUCUUUACAAUCAGCCUGUAUUCUAAUAGAUAAAUAAUAUUUUUGUAGGUUAAAUCAUAUACCACUCAAGCUCAGCCACCAUCAACAACUCGUGCAUAUUCUAUUGCAGCCAAAAAUCAAAAAAUAGCUGCACAAUGCUAUAACGCGAGUUCAACAAUGUCUAAAGACAGCAAUUUGAAAAGCGGUUUGGGUCAUUUUGUACCACCGCCGCUUUUAGUCCGUGCAAGCAGUGCGGCACCAGUAAUUGGUAAUACCGUUUCAUACUCCAACAUUGUACCUAUUAGUCAAUGUAUAACAACUAUGUACAAUCUAACAACAAAUGUCAAUGUAAUGUCACAUUCAAGUCAAAUGAGACAAUUCUACAAUCAACGUUCUAACAAUAAUCAAGCCCAACAACAACAGUUGCAACUAAAACAGAUACAACAGCAACAACAAAUAAUUACCACUCCUCAAACUCAGCAGCCAUAUAGUGGUAAAUCUGUGCAUGGUCGUUUAACCAACACACAAAAGCGCAACACAUUAAAGAAUGCUGGGACUGUUGUAGUUGCUCCGUCCUUAGAAAUCAUUGACUUAUCGUCCCCACCAUCCAGCCCUGUUCCUCCAACUGUGCAGAAUAAUCCACUUCUUCCUGAUAAUAUAUGGGAAUUGACGAGAAUACCGGAACAGAUUUCGAGGCUUGACACAUCUAAUAAUGCUCCAUACAAGAUCCAAGAGGUAAAAUUUCGAGGGAAAUUGAUAUGGUGUAUAAACGCCCAACCUUUUAUAUACUCGAAUUUGUUGAUGACAUUAGAUGAUCUAGUCCAGAUGAUAAUGCCUACGUGUACAGUCAACAAUUGCGCUUUCGUCUUAAACAAACGGUUAAGAAGAACAGUAUUCAGUGGAAAUUCCGAGCAAUUGGCUGUGUUGCGGAGAAAUGGACGCCUCAAGUCGAUGAACCCGAAUGAUACACCCAUGGCUAGGCUACACGAUAUCGAGGAAGUCUUGUCGCAUUUAAUAAAGCAAUUGGAUCUUAUUGGUUUGAAAGAAAACAAAUAUGACACAUCAAAACCCACCGUACCGACUGCUGCAAAACACCUACCAGAGCCGAAAAACUGGCCUCCGCCCCCCGCCAUACAUGUUUUCACAAUGUUCCCUACAAGAUUCCUAAACUACAACAAAAUGCUGUUCCAUCAAUUUUCCCUGGACCCUGCAUACCUCACCAAAAACAUUAAAAAACGGAAACCACCAACUGAGCGACAAAAUGUAAUACAUAAUAAGAAAAGUAAAGAUGAUGAUAUUGCUGCCGAGGGAACAUUAAAGUUAUACUGUUCUUGGACUGAUGCCACUAUACAAAAGUUGAAUAGUACAGUUUCAAUUUAUAGUUUUGUAUCUUUCUGCCACAAUGAUACAAUACCUAUCAUUGAGAAAUCUGUUACUGUCUCAACCAAUGGUGAUAUUACUUUUGGAGUACUGGGGAAAAAAAUUGAAGCAGAACAACUCAAUAUUAUCCCAGCUAAAAAUCUAGAAGAUUUUGCUAAUAAUUUAAAACAAUUUGAAAAAAUGUAUGUUUGUCAUGGAGGACCACAAGUAAAUCGGUUUUCAAGAGUAACUACUACAACAUGUGUUGCUAAUUCUGUUGGAAGGUUACAGCAUAUUAAUUGUUGUCUUGUUAUGAAGGAAAAAGCUAUGGUAAAAGGAAUGGUAGUAAAUGGAAAAAGUCGUCAAGUUUGGAUCUACAAUCUAACUUUUCUUAUAUCUGACUCAAAUCAAGAUAAAGAAAAUUGUAUUUUAUAUACUUGGAAUGAAUCGGAUAGUGGAAGAGGACCUAAUGAAGUUUAUUCAAAUCCAUAUGACCAUAAAAAUGUUAAAGGACCAGACUUUUUAGUAAUGUUACAUUAA